AUGGCCUACGUCCUGCGCGACGUCGUCCUGGUGCUGGGUCUCGCCGCCGCGCGCCUCGACAGCUGGCUCGUCUGGCCGCUGUACUGGGCGGCGCAGGGCACCAUGUUCUGGGCGCUCUUCGUGCUGGGACACGACUGCGGGCACGGCAGCUUCUCCAACAACCCCAGCCUCAACAGCGUCGUCGGCCACAUUCUGCACUCCUCCAUCCUGGUGCCAUACCAUGGCUGGUGUGUAUUCUACUGUACUGAACUGAAAUAG